GCGGGCCCGGGGGGGCGGGCGCGGCCCCCGCCCCGCGCGGCGCGGGUAGUGGUGGAGCGGCGGCGCCGCAUCCCGCAUCCCGCAUCGCGGCCGGUGCGCAGGGGGGCCGCCCGCAUGGUGGACAUCCUCCUCCCGCGGCCGCUCCCGGGCGCCAUGGGGGAGCCCUCCAAGAGGCGGCCGGGGCUGGCCCUGUGCGCGGGCUGCGGGGGCCGCAUCCAGGACCCCUUCCUGCUGCGGGUGUCGCCGGAUCUGGAGUGGCACGUCGCCUGCCUCAAGUGCGCCGAGUGCGGGCAGCCCCUGGACGAGACCUGCACAUGCUUCCUGCGCGACGGCAAGGCCUACUGCAAGCGGGAUUACAGCAGGCUCUUCGGCAUCAAGUGCGCCCAGUGCCGGGCGGCCUUCAGCAGCAGCGACCUGGUGAUGCGCGCCCGCGACCACGUCUACCACCUGGAGUGCUUCCGCUGCGCCGCCUGCGGCCGCCAGCUCCUGCCCGGCGACCAGUUCUGCCUGCGGGAGCGCGACCUGCUCUGCCGCGCCGACCACGGGCCGACCCCCGACGGCUCCGCCGCCGCCGCCCGCGGCCCGCGCAGCCCGGCGCUGCCACCGCCCGCCGCCCACCUGGCAGAGCCGGUGCCCGGGCGGCCGCCCGCCCCGCGGCCGCCGGCGCACAAGGCGGCGGAGAAGACCACCCGCGUGAGGACGGUGCUGAACGAGAAGCAGCUGCACACGCUGCGGACCUGCUACGCCGCCAACCCGCGCCCCGACGCCCUGAUGAAGGAGCAGCUGGUGGAGAUGACGGGGCUCAGCCCCCGCGUCAUCCGCGUCUGGUUCCAGAACAAGCGCUGCAAGGACAAGAAGAAGUCCAUCCUCAUGAAGCAGCUCCAGCAGCAGCAGCACAGCGACAAGACGAGCCUGCAGGGCCUCACCGGGACGCCGCUGGUGGCCGGCAGCCCCAUCCGCCACGAGAGUGCCGUGCAGGGCAGCGCCGUGGAGGUCCAGACCUACCAGCCGCCCUGGAAGGCGCUCAGCGAGUUCGCCCUGCAGAGCGACCUGGAGCAACCCGCCGCCUUCCAGCAGCUGGUCUCCUUCUCCGAGUCCGGCUCCUUGGGCACCUCCUCCGGCAGCGACGUGACUUCGCUGUCUUCCCAGCUCCCCGACACCCCCAACAGCAUGGUGCCCAGCCCGGCCGAGACGUGAGGCGGCCCGGCCGGCCGCCCGCCGCCGCGGGACUUCCGCAUGCCUGCGCUCCCUGCAUGAGACACCCGGCCCCGGGCCGCUCCCAGAGCGCCGGACAAACGCCUUUGUUUUUUAAUUAUUCUUAUUUAAAAACAAACAAAAAAUAUGUUACUGACGGCCAAAAAAGCACCGGGAUCCUCGCCGCCUUCACCAGACCGGAGAGAGAGCCCCCGCCCUGGUUAUUUCGUUGUUUUGGGUUUUUUUUCCCUGCGGAUUUCGAUGUUUCUUUUCCCCAAAGAAACGCGGAUUUGCCCGCUGGAGCCCGGCACGGUGACAGGCUGCCUCGCCCGCCGCUUGUGCCGGGGACGGCUUUUCUUCCCUUUUUGGAAGGGAAAAGGAAAGAAA